UGGCGGAUAGGAGGGACACGAGCAUAGCUCGCUCAAUCUCAACUCAGUACCCAAUUGUUCUCUGCUUCUUUUCCUCUUGGAGAAUUUCCCCAGAGAGAGAGUGUGUCAAGGUCUGAACCGUCUUUUCGCAAGUUUUCUCCUCACCGGCUACUCCACCGUCUCGGAACGCAUGAUUGAUCGUUUGAUAUUCUACACUGGAUGCACAUCAACUUUCUCUCAGGUUUGACCUCAUCGAAUGACUGAGAAGGGUAUAUCAGCUUAAAAUGGUCAUCUUUUAGUCAUUUCAAAGGCGGAGUAUGUGGAACUUUGCAUCCAAUUGUCUAGCUGGUAGGACUAAGAAAGAUAUCCUGAGGCCAGCUCAGGAUGUAAUGGAUUCCUCAGAUGAUGACGCUUCUUCCAUUACCAGCGGAGAGGAGGGAUUGGAGUGCCCUAUAUGCUGGGAAUCCUUCAAUAUAGUGGAAAAUGUACCUUAUGUCCUGUGGUGUGGCCAUACACUUUGUAAAAACUGCAUCCUAGGUCUACAAUGGGCUGUUGUGAAAUUCCCCCCUUUACCGAUCCAGCUUCCUCUUUUUAUAUCAUGCCCCUGGUGCAAUCUCUUAUCGCUUCGACUAGUUUACAAGGGAAACCUUAGGUUUCCUCGGAAAAACUUCUUUCUUCUCUGGAUGCUUGAGAGUAUGAAUGGUGACCGAGUAAAGUCACGUUCUGCCUUUUGUGGGGAUCAGCAGCAGGCAUGGUCAUCCGGUGGGAAAGCAACGGGAAACUCUAGCAUCCGGAGGGCACAUUACAUGCAUAACUCGGAGUCGUCAGGAACAAAUCAUAGUAAUACUCGCACUAACAGUUAUAUUGCUGCAGAGAGAUUGUGUGCUUCAUUGAAGAAGUCCUUGGUCUUCUUUGUUCAUUUGACAGCCAAGUUUCCGCUGGUGGUCAUCUUUCUUCUUAUAACGUUAUAUGCAAUACCUGCCAGUGCUGCCAUCUUGGCCUUGUACGUACUCAUUACUGUUCUGUUCGCUCUUCCAUCCUUUCUGAUCCUGUACUUUGCGUACCCAAGUUUGGAUUGGCUGGUUCGGGAAAUUAUCACUUGACUUCGUGUGAUAUAAGCAUUGAACCUUUUUGCUUCACAGGGUGGAAAUUCUGUUAGUUUGACCCGUGUUCAAUGUGUUAGUUUGGAUUACUGUUAGUUAUUGUGGUCCAUGCCUAGCCUGUUGGCUUGGCAGUUCUGGUGUGGCAAGUGUUGUUCAAUAGGCAGAUUGGAUCAUGUUUUAUUUUUCCAGUGGUCUGCUCUCUGGUAAGAAUGUUUAAGAAAAAAUUGUUGUAUUACCUUUUUUUCUCGAAUGGAAAGACUAUUAUAAAUCUCAUCCAA